AUGGUGGGGAAAAUAGCAAGUGCAUGGGCUGCCAGGGACUCAUCUGGUCAUCUUUCACCUUACUCUUUCCAUCUCAGGGAUAAAGGCCCUGAAGAUGUGGUGUUAAAAGUGUUGUACUGUGGAGUUGACCAUACAGACCUUCAUCAGGCCAGGGGUGAGCUGACUAGCAGCACUACCAAAUACCCUUUUGUUCCAGGCCAUGAAAUUGUUGGAGAAGUUGUUGAGGUUGGGAGACAAGUUAAGAAAUUCAAAUCAGGGGAUAUAGUUGGAGUUGGAGGGAUUGUUGGCUCUUGUGGAGAAUGCAGUUUAUGCAAAUCCAAUUUGGAGCAAUAUUGCAGCAAGAAAGUGUUCACUUACAACCACAUGUACAACGACGGGACCCCCACGCACGGCGGAUUUUCUUCCGCUAUGGUUGUUCAUCAAAGUUUUGCAGUUAAAAUCCCAGACAAGCUGGCGCCAGAACAGGCUGCCCCACUGUUAUGCGCGGGCGUGACUGCUUUUAGUCCUCUCAAGCAAUUCGCGGGUAUUUCUGGAAAAGUCAUAAGCGGAGGAGUACUAGGGUUGGGAGGCGUCGGUCACCUGGCUGUCAUAAUAGCAAAAGCAAUGGGCCAUCAUGUGACUGUUAUAAGUUCUUCGGACAACAAACGGCAAGAGGCAAUCGAGCAUUUGCAAGCCGACUCUUUCCUCGUGAGCACAGAUGAGCAUGAAAUGAAUGUGGCAGUAAACAGCCUCGAUUACAUUCUCGACACGGUCCCUGUUGUUCACCCCUUGGAACCGUACCUCAAGCUCUUGAAAGCCCAGGGAAAAUUAUUGAUUGUUGGGGCUGCUCCUCGUCCGCUUCAGUUUCUAGCUACCGACAUAAUUCAAGGGAAAAAGAUGAUUAAAGGAAGUUUGCUAGGGAGCAUGAAGGAUAUGGAGGAGCUGCUCGAGCUGUGGGUGGACAAGGGCUUGAAGAGCUUGAUUGAGGUGGUGAAAAUGGACUAUGUGAAUGAGGCUUUUCAAAGGAUGGAAAAGAAUGAAGUGAGGUACAGGUUCGUGCUUGAUGUAGCCGGCAGUAAUCUUUGA